UCUAGAUUAUCCGAAGAAAAUAAUCGAAAUCAUGAAUGGCACAGAAGCAUGUAGCUCCUGGAACGGUAUUGACUCUGGCGAGGAGAUCGUUAUUUCUGGUAUUGCUGGUAGAUUUCCGGAUUCAGAUAAUAUGAAUCAAUUACGAGAAAAUCUAUUUAAUAAAAAAGAUCUUGUUAGAGCUGAUCAUGGACGAUGGAAGAAAGAUCAUCCAGACGUAUCAAACCGUAUGGGAAUAGUUAAUAAUUUGAACAAGUUUGAUGCGGAUUUCUUCGGAUUAUCUUUCGACCAAGCGCACACACUCGGACUUGAGACGAGAAUGUUACUGGAACAUUCUUAUGAGGCAAUUAUCGACGCGGGGAUUAAUCCGAAGCAAUUGCGAGGAAAGAAUACUGCCGUGAUAAUAGCGACAACUAUUUCUGAAACGCAAGCUAAAUUUUUGUAUGAGGAUCUUAAGAUGGAUGGUUUGAAUCUUAUUGGAUGUAGCAGAUCUACAAUAGCAAACAUGAUUUCGUACCAUUUGGAUCUAAAGGGACCAUCGUAUGCAAUCGAUUCAGCUUGCAGCUCCUGUUUCUAUGCCAUGGCCCUUGGUUAUCAUUAUAUCAUAUCGGGCAAAUGCGAAGAUGCGAUAAUUGGGGCUACACAAUUAUGUCUAUAUUCAAUUAUAAACCUGCAGUUUGCUCGUCUUGGUACUUUUAUUGAAACGAAUUAAUCUUGUAAUAUAUUAAGCAUAAAAAGUAAUAUGCCUCCUAAUAUUUUUCUUUCGAAUCUGGCGCUAUAGAAAAUUUUGCGUUUCAAUGAGUUGUUAUUUGAAGUCUUUAGUUGCGAGUUAUGUUGAGUGGUAUUGUGAUCAUUUACGUGAGUGUGUCACACGAGCAGUUUGAACUGGUGUGUGUUUCAGAUGCGCGUAAUAGACAAGGGUGGUAGUUGAAUUUCUUAUCGUGGAAGAAGUGAGUUCCAAUGGUUGCGUUCAGCGGAGAAAGCAGCUUAAUGCGCGCUCAAUGAUUCUUUAUUAUGAUUGGUUUCUACACUUGGAUCCAGAGAAGAACUGAUGACAAGGUCCAAUCAUUUAAAAAAAUUACUGAUUGCUCACUAAAUUGCUUUUUCUGCUGUACGCAGCCAUCGAAAUUCAUUCGCGUCUCAGAAAUGUUUAUGAUAACACCGUUUCUGAAAUACGAAUGGAUUUCAAUAAGAUUUUACACCGACCUUGUCUGUCACGCGUAUUUAAAAUACACACCAGUUUGAACUAUUCGUGUGACACACUAACAUAAACUGAUUACAACACUACUAAACAUAAUAUAACUAAAUACUUUAAAUAACAACUCAGUAAAAUGCAAAAUUUUCUAUGGUGCCA